AAAAAGAAAAAAAAAAAAGAUAAAUCAAUCAUUCAUUUUGGCGCCAAGAAUAAUAAUUAACAAAAAUUAAAAAUUUUACUGGGAUUCGCUCUCCAAAUGUAAUGCAGCAGAAUAUAUAAAAAAAGGCAAGAACUAUAAUUAAGCAAAGGAAAAACGCUUUUGUAAUUGUAACGCUCGCUCUCUCUAUAAUAUAGCAUUUUUCUAGGGUUUCGAGGUUUAUGCUUCUUGCCAAAAAAAACAAUAAAAAUGGCAACUGUCUUCUCGCCAGUCUCUCCUUCUCGCACUACUUGUGGAUCUCUCCUUCUCGAAUUGCAGAAAAUCUGGGAUGAAAUUGGGGAAGGUGAUAGUGAAAGAGACAAGAUGCUCUUGCAACUGGAGCAAGAAUGUCUUGAUAUUUACCGUAGAAAGGUGGAAUUGACUAGAAAGUACAAAGCUGAUUUACUUCUGUCAUUGGCUGAUGCUGAAGCUGAAAUUUCCCAUAUUAUUUCUGCUCUUGGGGAAAAUGUCUCCUUUUCACGGGGAAAGGGCACUCUCAAGCAGCAAAUAUCUGCCCUAAAGCCUGCUUUGGAAGAUUUGAGGUUAAAAAAGCAAGGAAGAAUGAAAGACUUUAAUGAGACACAAAUGCAGAUUGCUCGAAUUCAUGCAGAAAUAAAUGGCACCGAGUAUUCAAGCAAGUUAAUUGACCCACAAGUUGAUGAAAAUGAUUUGACAGUGAGGAGAUUGGGGGAGCUGCAGUCACAUCUUAAGGAACUUCAAAAUGAAAAGAGUUUGCGAUUACAAAAAGUUAAUAGCAACAUUAGCAUUAUCCAUGACCUAUCAGUUGUGAUGUCGAUCGAUUUCUUGAACACUGUUAAUGAUAUUAAUCCUAGCUUGACUGAUCUUACAAAUGGUCAAUCCAAGAGCAUCAGCAAUGACAUACUUGCUAGAUUGACGGGUGUGAUACAUUCACUAAAACAGGAGAAGAAACUAAGGCUACAAAAGCUUCAAGUUCUUGGAUGCAAAUUGACAGAGCUAUGGAAUCUCAUGGACACACCUGUUGAGGAGCAGAAAAGAUGGGACUAUGCUACUUUCUUGAUUUCUGCCUCAGUGGAUGAUGCGUCAAGGCCGGGGUGCCUUGCUCUUGAAGUUAUUGAACAGGCUGAGGUUGAAGUUGAGAGAUUGAAUGUUCUCAAAGUCAGCAAGUUGAAGGAGUUAGUUUUCAAGAGGCAAAAUGAGCUGGAAGAAAUCUACCGAGGAGUUCAUAUGGAUGUAGAUGGUGAUGCAGCAAGGCAGAUUCUCAUUAGCCUCAUAGAAUCUGGUAAUGCUGAUCUAGCUGAUUUGCUCUCAAGCAUGGAUGACCAGAUCAGAAAAGCUAAAGACCAAGCUUUAAGCCGGAAGGAUAUCUUGGAAAGAGUAGAGAAGUGGAAAUGUGCAUCCGAGGAAGAACAGUGGCUAGAUGAAUAUGAAAGGGAUGAGAAUCGCUAUAAUGCGGGAAGAGGAGCCCACAAAAAUCUGAAACGUGCAGAAAAAGCACGGAUUCUGGUCAGCAAAAUACCAUCUAUUGUUGAGAAUUUGACUGCAAAGGUGAAAGCAUGGGAACUGGAGAAGGGAAUUUCAUUCUUGUAUGACAAGGCUCCCCUGUUAAAAACUCUGGAGGAAUAUACUGAAAUGAGACAGGAGAGAGAGGAAGAGAAGCGGCGAUCUCGGGAACAGAAACGUCAGCAAGAGCAAUUUGCUGCUGAACAAGAGGCACUCUACGGUUCAAGACCGAAGAAGCCUUUGGGCCAGAGCACAAGUGCCAACACCAUGGCUGGAACACCAACUGGCCGCCGUGUGGCUACUCCAGGCCGUCAUGUAAUCUCCGCAGGGAAAGAGCGUAGAGAGAGCAGGUUUCAUAAUGCAACACCUAUAAACUAUGUUGCUCUUCCUAAGGAUGAUUCAGCCUCUCGCGGCAGCUGACCUGCUUACUUGUUCAGGACCUUACUGUAAAUGAUUCUCUUAGUUUCUCUUUUUCUUUUUUCUUCUUAUAGUGUUCUGAAGUUAAUUUUUUUUUUUUUCUUUCUUUAUAGCUAAAAAAUUGUCAAAAUGAAAUGCUUAUAUGGAUUUUAGCCCAAAAUCUAUAGUUUUGUCACAGAGAUCUUAA